AUGACCGCGCGGUACAGCAUCGAAGUAUUUGCGUGCUCAUAUUUCGGUAUAGCACUCACAUUGCAAGGCUACGUGAACAGUAUUGUCGACUGCACCAUUGUGGCUUUUUAUGGCCAAUGUGAGUUACAGUUGAAAUUACUGAGGUACAAUCUGGAGCAUCUCACCGAUCUGGAUGAUGUGGAUCUCCAAGAAGGAACUAUAAAUGAGAAUACAUUGUCUUACAUAGACGAUAAUCUUAUAAAGAAGAGGCUGGUGCAUUGCGUUAAACACCAUCAAAAAAUUAUUUGGUUUUUGAGCGAAACGCAGUCUAUAAGCAAUGAAUUUGUGACCUUACAACUUUCUGUGGCUUGUUGGACUAUCUGUAUGAGUGUGUAUAAGCUAGUUACUGUAGACAUGUUUUCGGGAGAAUUCUUUUUGACGAUAGGCUACUUGAAUUGUAUGUUGAUGCAAUUUUUCAUGUACUGUUAUCACGGAUCGCAAGUUUUAGUUGAGAGCGAGUUCAUCGCUGAGUCAGCAUAUUGCAGCAACUGGGUAGACAUAUCUCCGCGCUCGCGCCGCCUGCUGCUCAUCUUCAUGAUGUGCUGCACCCGACCGCUGGUCAUCUGUGCAGCUAAAAUCGUACCCAUCAAUUUGGAGUCUUAUUUAGCGGUACUUAAGGCUUCAUACACCCUCUUCACUAUUUUACAUAAAAAGUAG